CCCAAGCUCCCAGGACAAACAGCCUGGUUCACCUGAAUGGUGAGAACUCCAAGUCAGAAACAGGAGAGCAGUGAAUAGAGUCAGGGGCUGGAGCCACAGACACCACACCAAUAUUAGCCGAGAGGGUGACAGACUGUGCCUCAGGAACAAGAGGAGACUGCAGGUCUACCAUGUGUGAUGGUUGCUGGGCGUGAGAGGGAUUCCUAAAAACAGCCUGGAGCCACGGCUCGAUGGUUUCCCAGUCCAUGCUGCUCUCUCUGACUAUACUUAAGGAGUCUGUGAUUGCGGUCUUUAUAGCGGCCAGCUGGGCCAUCAGCUGUGGCAUUUCUGGUCUGGCCUGUAACCAAAGGCGGGCUUGACAAAGGUCUUCAAUCCUGGCAAAGGUCUUCAUCCUGGCAAAAGUCUCUAAGUGCUGCACAGGGUCUAGGUUAUUCAGAAUUUGUGUACCCAGAGUUUUAAUCACCUGGCCUAUAAUUUUCCACUCUUUCUCCUGGUCUGCUGGGUCCCUUCAUGGCUAGUUCAUUCUGUCAGGUCUAAUGCUAGGAUGGACCCAAAAUGCAGACAUAGACUAGGAUGAAGUUCUUAAUAUGUCUGUGCACAGUCUCAGUUGUCCAGGUCACAGUAAGCUUAAAAAACUUAGAAAUACAGGUGGGGUUGGUGGGAAACACAGAUAACCACAUAAAUAACUCCCAGGACGUCACGAGGAAAGUCAAACAUCUGCAGCGGGACCAGAACGAGUCCAUGGUCUCAUAUGAUGUCACAUCCUUGUUCAUUUGCAUCCCCACAACAGAGGCUGUCAAGGCAUUGAAGAAGACACUUCUGAAGGAUGACACGCUCAGCAGCAGGACUAACCUCACCCCAGACCAUCAUCAGUGCCCCAGUUCACCAACUCCCCAACCAUGAUAGUGAUGGUCGGACUCCCAGCACGAGGUAAAACCUACAUCUCUAAAAAGCUUACCAGAUACCUGAACUGGAUUGGAGUUACAACCAAAGUGUUCAAUGUUGGGCAGUACAGGAGAGAUGCAACAUGUUCGUACAGCAGCUACGAGUUCUUUAGACCUGACAACACCGAGGCCAUGAAGAUACGCAAGGCAUGUGCCAUUGCUGCCCUGAAAGAUGUUUGUGACUAUUUCACUAGAGAGCAGGGUCAGGUUGUGGUUUUUGAUGCCACCAACACCACCCCAGAGCGCAGAGAGCUCAUUCUCAGCUUUGCCAAAGAAAAUGGUUACAAGGUUUUCUUUGUGGAGUCAAUAUGUGAUGAUCCAGAAAUCAUCGCUGAGAAUAUUAAACAAGUGAAGCUGAGCAGUCCGGACUAUGCAAACUGUGACAAAGAGGAGGCUGUGGCCGACUUCCUCAAGAGGAUAGACUGUUACAAAUUGACCUACGUCCCACUGGACGACAACAAGGACAGGAACUUAUCUUACAUUAAGAUCUUCAAUGUUGGCAGCCGAUACCUGGUGAAUCGGGUCCAGGACCACAUUCAGAGCAGGAUAGUCUACUACCUCAUUAACAUUCAUGUCACGCCAAGAUCUAUCUACCUAUGUCGGCACGGAGAGAGCGAACUCAAUCUUGUGGGUCGUAUCGGGGGAGACGCUGGGCUUUCAUCUCGUGGAGCAAAGUUUGCCAGCGCUCUAAGUGUGUACAUGCGUGGGCAGUGUAUCAGUGACCUGAAGGUGUGGACGAGCCACAUGAAAAGGACCAUCCAGACUGCAGAGGCACUGGGAGUCCAGUAUGAACAGUGGAAGGCCCUCAAUGAGAUUGAUGCUGGGGUUUGUGAGGAGAUGACAUAUGAGGAGAUUCAGCAGAAUAACCCAGAGGAGUUUGCACUAAGGGAUCAAGACAAGUAUUGCUACCGCUACCCAAAAGGAGAGUCAUACGAGGACCUUGUCCAGCGCCUGGAGCCAGUCAUUAUGGAACUGGAGAGGCAGGAGAACGUUUUAGUCAUCUGUCAUCAGGCUGUUAUGCGGUGUCUGUUGGCAUACUUCCUGGACAAAAGUGCUGAUGAGCUGCCCUACCUGAGGUGUCCUCUCCACACGGUUCUGAAACUCACCCCAGUCGCCUAUGGUUGCAAAGUGGAGUCUGUCUUCCUUAACAUCGAAGCUGUCAACACACACAGAGACAAACCAGUGGUAGGCUCACUUUGUAUUUUUAUUUGUAUUUUUUUUUACAAAAACAUGUACAGUAUAGGAAAGCAGGUAGUUUUUUGAGUCCCUGGUAGGGUCUGCAGAGUUUCCUGUAAGGUUGUGUACAGCCAUGGCAUCCUCCAGUUACUGUGUCAACUGACCUAGAGUUAAAGUGAUCUUCAUUUCUGGAGCUGAAAACCUGCCAUUUCCCUCAAUUCAGGGUGAACAAACUACAUGUUUUCACUUAACCUGGUUUCUGGAAUACUCCCCAUAUGCUGUGAGUUUGUGAAAACUAAUCAGCAAGUGAGCAGAAAAGUAGAUAAAAGUAAGGAAACAUCCAGCCACCUCAAAAAGUAAUGGCACAAAUGCAAAUUUGUAAGGCAAUAAGUCCAGAAAAAGCGACAUACAGAGCACCAUUAAUGUUAAGACCAGUGUGUUUUGGCUUGUAGCCUUUGUCAAAUGCAAACUUGACUAAAUUUGCUGGAAAUAGAGACCAGCUCUAAAGACACAGACAAAAAAAAGAUGCAUAUGGGGUGUAGCAAAUGUUUUAUGAACUCUUCAUUGAUCUACUUGAUAACAUCUUGACAGUCAUGAAACCACAAAAGCGGGCAUGAAGGACAAAAAUACAAGUGAAAAGUGAGUGGACAAACACCCCAUAAAAGUACACUACCGGAGUCUGUAUUCAAUUAGUUUCUCCAGAUACAAUCAUGAAUACACACUGAUAUCAGAUAGAUUGGAUGAAUCUUUCUUUCACAGAAUGUGGAAGUGGACAGGCACUCAGCGGAGGCAUUGGAGACAGUCCCAGACCACAUCUAGAGGAGAAAAUGUUUGAGGAAACUUGUCCUUCCACCCUCAUGGAAAGCAACCUUUUUUUUAAUUUAAGUAAUCAUGGUGAUAAUUGUUAUUGUGGUUACUGUUGUACUUUAAUAACCAAAAGCAGACAUUUCUCCUAUGGCAGCCUAUGUCUUAUACUGUAUAUGCACUUAGUAAUACAGAACUCAGGCCAAAUGCCUAUGAUAUGAGGACAAGAUUGCUUAUUCUAUGAAAAAAAUUACUUACUAUUGUGUUAUACCGGCCAAAAUGGGCCAGUAUCACUGUUUGGAUAAUCUUGAAUAUAGGAAUUUGUGUGUUGUUC